AUGAUCGUUGAGAUGUACAACGCCACACUGAAGGUUGUCAACAAGGACUUGCAGCGACAGCUUGCCCUUGCGAUCAUCCCGAUCUUGUACGCGAACUGUGACAUUUGGACAACCAAAGUGUCCGGAGAGAAGUUUAUCGAUUUGUGUUGCAACUACUUCGCACGUUUCAACGGCGCUCAAACCACCCUUCCCGCGCCAAAUCUCCCUAUGAUGGUGCUGAAUUUCGUGUCAACUCUCGACGCAGCUGUGCGCAUCUUCUACAUCGACUCGAGCGGGUUUCUGAGGACACACUUGUUGGCGGUGAAGCUUUUCCGGCCGGCUCCGUCGCUCGGGAAGGUCACUGGCAAGGUGGUGCUGAAGUGGUUCCUGCAGGUGCUGGGCCAGCACGGGAUACCGAUCGAGCGCUUGGCCGGCGCCGUGACGGACGGCGGGGGUGACGUCCGGACCGGAAUCGGCCAGGUAGCUACGCGGGCGUGGUGUGGGCCGCACAUGCUCAACCGCGUCAUCAUCGACGGCACCGGCAUGGCCAACACAGCAAACCAGUCCAAGAAUCUGUCGUGCCGCGGCUUGAUGGAGAUCUGCAAGAAGGUCGUCCAACAUGUCAACAGAUCUCAGGGGUUCAAGAUCGAACUCGAGGACACGCUCGAGAAGGCGUCCGACGGCAAGCGUUGGAAGGCGAAGCUCUCACAAGCGGUGUCCCAGCGCUGGAUCAGCCUGUGCAAGAUGUUGCUCCGCAUCCUAGAGCAAUGGGUCGCCAUCGACAAGGUCUACGCCAGCAACCGCGAGAAAUUCCCUUUGGGAGAUCUGCGCCGUGAGAUGGAGGAAGUUUACAGCAUGCUGAGCGAGUUCAAGGCCGUUAUCGAGUACUCCCAGACGACGCACGAGGCCACUGCGCAGAAGGCGCUGGAGAUGACUGUGGAUCUUCUCACCUACACCCUCGACCCCGCGGAGCGUCUCCGAGUGUACCACGUCGUUUCUAUCGGAGCGGAGGGCGACACCACCAAGUACGACGACAUCGAGCACGAAGACCUCACGCCGAUUGGCCGCAACACACGUGUCGCGUUGAGGAAAGCACUUGUGGCACGGUUUUUGCCGCGCUACGGCCGCGAGCUUGACGCUGGCGGCCACCUCUUUGACCGCACGAUGCUUCUCAGUCCAAACCAGAGGAAGCUGAGGUACGUGGACGCUCUGCGCUCUUCAGCUGCCAAGGAGGGCGACAUGCGGUCCUCUAGCGCCAUCAAGGCGAAGAUCAAGGAGGAGGUGACCGACCUCCUUGUCGCGGCCAUCGAAGCGAUUAGAGCAACGGCACCAUCGGACGGGGGGGUGGAGAGCAGUGCGGGAGGGGGGCAACCGCAGGCCAAGCGGGCUAAAACCACCUCUACCGCAGCGUCCAGCGCCUCCGGUGACGGAAACGAUGACCACCGGCGCCGGCGGCGCCGAUUUUUAGACGACGACGAUGAAGGCAGCGACAGCGACAUGGACGCGACUCCGGUGGAGGAAGACCCCAGGAAGGAAGCGGAGGCCAUGAUGAAGGAGUGGCUCGCAGCUCAGAUUCCACCAGAAGAGCGGACGGAGAACGGAGCAGAAUACUGGCGCCUUCACGGCAAGAAACACCCCUUCGCUCUCCGAUUGGUCGCGCAGGCGGUGUACGGCGUCCCUGCCUCAGCGGGUGUGGUGGAGCGAGAUUUUAGCAUCGCGGACUUGUUCAUGCCCCGCAAGCGUGCCUCGCUUGAUCCAGCGUACUUGGAGAUGCAGCUCUACCUGCGAGCGCACUUCGACAGCAUCCCCAUGGACAUCCCCAAGCUGGACGACGCUUCCGUGGCGGCCGCCAUCCCGGACCGUUUCAGGGACCCACAGGCCGUCGAAGAGGUGCGGGUGUUGGACUUCACCGAGGAGGAGAAGGAGGUGGGGGUUUUCGACUUCGUGCCGGAUGAGGAGGGGGACUUCGUGCCGGAUGAGGAGGGGGAGGACGCCGAGGGCCCCGAGCCGAACGUGCCCGUGCCCCCUGUCGGAGAAGUGGGGGGGGGGGUGGCUCCAGCGGCUGGAGACGGGCAAUCCACCACCAACUAG